AGGAAGCGUUAGCCAAAUAUUCUCUCGUAAAAUAUGCUCUAAUCUGGCCGCUUCUAGAUCUGAGGACACUCGGGAGGCCUGAAUAAAAAGCAGUUUUGCCAAAUCCAGAGGUUAGCUCAGGGUCACAGCAAGAAAGGACGUUAAAAGCUAAGAAAUUAAUUAGAAAAAAAGCAGGAACGUUGAGAUUUAAGUUGUACUUUUAGAUGUAUUUGCUAACGCUUGUAGUUGAAGUUGUUGAUUUGAGUUUUUCUAGGCAUGUGUCUGUUAUUCUAAUGAUGAACAAGAAAUAUUUUAAUGUUUUUUUUUGUUAUGGCUGUCAUUGAAACUCCUUUGUAGGUGUCUUCAACUUUAUCAAAAUACUUAAAAGGCAUGAGCUACAGACACUCUCCCUAGUUUUGUCAUGGCAUGCACCAAGUAACUGGUUUCAAAAACCAUAGUAGAGAUGGUAGGAAAACAAUAGAUUUUGGGGGGUGAUAUAAACUGUUCAGAUUUUAUCUUCAGCUCUGGAUUUCCGUCCAACCUUUGUGGAAUGAUUGCAAGUCCCAUAAGAGUUUAAGUGUCUUAAAUAAAUCAGAAGUGCUUACAGGGGUCUGGAGUUAGACACAGCUCCUCCAGACAAAUGGCUCUUGUCAUAUACUGUUCCCUAAAAGAGAGAGAGCUCCUAUAACCACACACACACACGGAAAAGAGAGAAGACAGUCCCGUCUCUUCAUUCCAGUCUGCUCAGUGUCUGAAGACAGUGAGUUCCUUAUUUUACUCCUCUCCAUAUCUGGAAUUUAUUUCUACUUAAAGUGUUUUCAUGCAGCGACAGAGGACUAAUAUUUGACCCAACAGGACGAUGGUUCCAGUUAAACUCCUCAUUCUUGGAUCUCAAAACUCUGGAAAAACAGCUCUGUGUGUUCGACUCAUUACCAAGCGCUUCAUUGGAGAGUACGACCAUAAAAAAGAGGUGACCUACAGGUGCAGUCGGGUGGUGGACCAGGAAGCUGUUGAUCUGGAGAUUUUGGAUUUAGCUUGUAAGGACAACUGUGCAGCCUCUCUGGAGGCGUCGCUCCGCUGGGCCGACGGCUUCCUGCUGCUCUACUCCAUCACACAGCGCCUCAGUUUCCUGGAGGUUCCUCGCCUCAAGAAACUCAUCGACCAAACCAAGCAGAGUCUGGGUAGGUGAAGGAACUCACUCAUCACCGGCUGCAUGUGUUAAAACAUGUUUGGACAGGAGUUCAGUAAACUUAAUGUGUGAUCUAGAGACCACUAACUAAC